AUGUUUCGAAUACUAAAGCCGUCAAUACGAGCAAUUCCAUUUGUUUCCAAAUCCACAAUCAGAAAUGCAUACACCAAAACAAAUACGUUUCCAAGAAUUUCCACUUCUCAUAGAGCAAUAUUUGGAAUAUCUAUUGGGACCUUAGUCUCAAUUUCGGCAUAUAAACGACACAUUGAUAAUGAUGUGCAUGCGUUAGAUACGUCUGUUCACGCUUUAACACCAUCAAAGACUUCAGAAACAUUUGAAAUGGGGUUAUAUGAAUCAUCACAAAAGGAAGAAUACAAUCAAUAUUAUGGGUAUCGAGAGACAAAGAAAAAGCAUCCAAGUUGGAUUGUUCGAACAUUUUACUAUUUAAGAUUUGCCAUUGAAGAUUAUUUAGUUGAUCCUAUGUUCACAUUUGUGAGAUUUAUUGAAUUGAGUUGUAUUUUUGUUCCCGUAUUGUUGAUUUCACCAAUUUGUUGGUUUGGAAGAAGACAUAGAUCCGAGAAUGGGAAUUUGGUCAGAACCGGUGCUACAUUAUGGUAUAGGUACUUGCGUUGGAGUGCUGAAGUUGCAGGUGCUUCUUUCAUUAAAUUAGGACAAUGGGCAGCAUCACGAACUGAUAUAUUUCCAGAAGAAAUGUGUAAUGAAUUGGGCAGUUUGCAUUCUAAUGCAAAGGCACAUUCUUUGGAAGUGACGAAAAAAAUCAUUUCGAAAAGUUUUGGUAACUUACCCUUUGAUGAGAUCUUUGAUGAAUUCAAAGAAACCCCGCUAGGUGUUGGAGCAAUAGCACAAGUUUAUCUUGGUAAAAUCUCACCCAAAGUGUUGGAAAGAGCGAAAAAAGAUGAAGAUAAACUUGUUAAACAAUUGAAAUUACAAGCUGAAGACAAACAAGAACAAUUUUUCGAAAAUAUUGUUGUCACAGAACAUUUGGAUUCCAAUGAAUUUGUUGCCAUAAAAGUGUUGCAUCCUAAAGUUGAACUCAAAAUUAACCGUGAUUUGAAGAUUAUGAAGUUUUUCGCUAAUGUAAUAAACGUUAUCCCAACAAUGGAAUGGUUGUCUUUGCCCGACGAAGUUGAACAAUUUUCUAUAUUGAUGAGAUUACAGUUAGAUCUUCGAAUUGAGGCACUCAACUUGGCAAAAUUUAGAGAGAAUUUCAAAAGUAGAUUGGACAUUCAUUUCCCCAAACCGUAUUUGAACUUUACCACUAGAGACGUUCUUGUGGAAGAAUAUAUUCAUGCGAUCCCAUUGAGUAAGCUUUUAUCGUUGUCAGAGAAUUAUGGAAAGAAUUUAUCUAAAGAAGUAAGUGAUAAAGGUUUAGAUGCAUUUCUUAAAAUGUUGAUCUUGGACAAUUUUGUUCAUGCAGAUCUCCAUCCAGGAAAUAUGAUGGUUCGGUUUUACAAAAAUGAAUUGUACAGACAUAAGAAGGAAUACAAAAUUGUGAAAACUUCGAACGAAACGGAGACAAACAAAAUAACAAACGAGUUAUUGAAAUUGGGCGACAAUACUAAUGCAUGGUGUGAGAAAUUGGCCGAACUAUACGAACAAGGAUAUCACGCAGAAAUAUGCUUCCUAGAUGUCGGGCUAGUAACCGAAUUAAAUAAAGAAGAUCGAGUCAACUUUAUUGAUUUAUUUAGAGCAUUGUCAGAAUUCGAUGGAUACAGAGCUGGCGAAUUAAUGGCCGAAAGGUCCAGAACCCCAGAAACAGUAUUGAAUAAGGAGAUUUUUGCAUUGAAAGUGGAAAAAUUAGUCGAUAGAAUGAAGCAAAGAACAUUCACAUUAGGAAAUAUAAGUAUUGGUGAUUUAUUAGAUCAAGUUUUGGGAAUGGUUAGAAAUCACCAUGUGAGAAUGGAAGGUGAUUUUGUUACAGUUGUUGUGGCAAUUUUGUUAUUAGAGGGAAUUGGAAGACAAUUGGAUCCUAAUUUGGAUUUAUUUGCAAGUUCGUUACCCGUAUUGAGAAGAUUAGGAGUUCUGAAAGAAGGUAGAGAGAUAUUGAGAAAUGAAAACUCAUUGAGUAUGAUGAAAGUCUGGCUAGCAUUAGAAGUCAGACAAUUCAUCAAUGCUUCAAUUCAAGAUAUUCACACUUUGGUCAAGGCCGACAUGUUCAGUCCCAAUGUCUAA